UUUGUCCCAUUUUAUUCUUUUUGCUUUAUUGAAAUAAUCUUGAAGCCAGACCAUGUGGUGGGCAAUUUUUUUUUCUUUUUUCUAUUUUUCGGAGCUGGGGACAGAACCCAGGGCCUUGCGCUUGCUAGGCAAGCGCUCUACCACUGAGCUAAAUCCUCAGCCCCCCCCUUUUUUUUAAACAAAAAUUUAAGAAUUUAUGGUUUGUGUAUAGGUGUGUUUCCUGCAUAUUGUCUGUACCACUUGCAUGCCUCGUGCAGGCAGAGGGGUUUUGAAGGCUGUGAGCCACCCUUCUGGAAGAGCAGCCGUCUCUUUAGCCCUUCCUCCUUUUAAAAUUUUGUUGUUGCAGUUAGGUUUUUUGUUUUUUGUUUUGUUUUGUUUUUUUUUUUUUUUUUUCUUUUUUUUCGGAGCUGGGGACCGAACCCAGGGCCUUGCCCUUGCUAGGCAAGCGCUCUACCACUGAGCUAAAUCCCCAACCCCCCCCCCCCUUUUUUUUUUUUUUUUGAGAUAGAGUUUGACUAACUCUAGCUGACCUGGGACUUGCUAUGUAGAUCAGACUAGCCUGGAACUCACAGAGUUCACUUGCUUCUGCCUCACAAAUACUGGAAUUAAAGGCUUAUGCCACCAUAAUUGGCUCAUACAAAUCUUUAAUCCCUGCACUCUGGAGGUUGGGGCAGGAAGGUGGAGAAUUGAGCCCAGCCUGGCCUACAUGAUGAGACUAUGUGUUAAACAAAACAAAACAUAACAAAACGGGAAAACGAAAACGAAAUCAAAACCCAGGGAAACGAAAACAAAAUCAAAUCCCUAAAUCUGUUCUCAAAAGCGAUGAUGACACUUAAAGAAAAAAAAAUCCCUAAUACCGCAACUUGUUUUGUUUUCCUUCUCCUGGGCCUCACAUGACCUUGGCUGCUUGAACUGCUCUGGCUCUCCAGUUCCACAAUCAGCCUCAGCCUCCGGGGAACAACAGCGGGUUCCCCGGCCAUCUGGAAAGUGAGGGACACCAGAGAUGGCGCUCUGCAGGUCAAGCAAAGGCGAGCCUAGCUGGGUGGGGCCUGAGGGACUUGGAAGUUGACUGCUGUGCUCCCCCUCACAAUUGGAAGCCAGCGAAGUUCUUGAGAAUCCGUGGAGGAGGAGGCUGCUACCGCCAGAGAGCUCCGAACUUUUCCCUAGGCCACCUUGUCCACCUCUGCCUGCCUUCUUAGUAGGGGUCUUGCAGCUGGAGAAGGUUGCAUUUGUGUGUUCGACACAUCCUGAUUGGAAGGGGUUAUGAAAGGAUCUCGCUUGUCCUCUAUCGGCCCGCCCCGGGAUCACCUCUGCCUUUAAAGUCGCCAGGUCGCGCAAAGCUGGAGUUCUGCCUCCUUGCCUGGAUGGGGCGCGUAGUCUCUGGCUCUAAACUCUUGGCUUCUCAGACACGAUCUAUGGCUGUGUUGAGCCGCAUGAGACUGAGAUGGGCGCUUCUGGACACUCGUGUGAUGGGCCAUGGCCUCUGCCCACAAGGGGCCAGAGCCAAGGCCGCGAUCCCUGCAGCCCUCCGGGAUCACGAGAGCACGGAGGGUCCAGGAACAGGUCAAGACCGACCGCGCCUGCGGAGUCUGGCGGAGCUUCCGGGACCCGGAACGCUACGCUUUUUAUUCCAGCUAUUUCUACGAGGCUAUGUGCUGCACUUGCACGAGCUCCAGAAAUGUCAUCUCAACUGGACCCCAGUUAUACCGCUCUGGUUAACACCCACAGGCGCUGAACAAGGCCAAGUACGGCCCAAUGUGGACAACCACCUUUGGGACUCGCACCAAUGUGAAUCUGGCUAGCGCCCCGCUCUUGGAGCAAGUGAUGAGACAGGAGGGCAAGUACCCCAUAAGAGACAGCAUGGAGCAGUGGAAGGAGCACCGAGACCACAAAGGCCUCUCCUAUGGGAUCUUCAUCACACAAGGACAGCAGUGGUACCAUCUGCGUCAUAGUUUGAAUCAGCGGAUGCUGAAGCCUGCUGAGGCAGCCCUCUACACAGAUGCCUUAAACGAGGUCAUCAGUGACUUUAUUGCCCGGCUGGACCAGGUGCGGACAGAGAGUGCAUCAGGGGAUCAGGUGCCAGAUGUGGCACAUCUUCUCUACCACCUUGCCUUGGAAGCCAUCUGCUAUAUCCUGUUUGAGAAAAGGGUUGGCUGCCUGGAGCCCUCCAUCCCUGAGGACACCGCCACCUUCAUCAGAUCUGUUGGACUCAUGUUCAAGAACUCAGUCUAUGUCACUUUCCUUCCCAAGUGGUCUCGGCCUCUGCUGCCCUUUUGGAAGCGAUACAUGAAUAACUGGGAUAACAUUUUCUCCUUCGGGGAGAAGAUGAUUCAUCAAAAAGUCCAGGAGAUAGAAGCCCAGCUACAGGCGGCUGGGCCAGAUGGGGUCCAGGUAUCUGGCUACCUGCACUUCCUGCUGACUAAGGAAUUGCUCAGUCCUCAAGAGACUGUCGGCACCUUUCCUGAGCUGAUCUUGGCUGGGGUAGACACGACAUCCAAUACACUGACCUGGGCCCUGUAUCACCUUUCAAAGAACCCAGAGAUCCAGGAAGCCUUGCACAAGGAAGUGACUGGUGUGGUACCCUUCGGGAAGGUGCCCCAGAACAAGGACUUUGCCCACAUGCCCCUGCUAAAAGCUGUGAUUAAGGAGACCCUGCGCCUCUACCCUGUGGUUCCCACAAACUCCCGGAUCAUCACAGAAAAGGAAACUGAAAUUAAUGGCUUCCUCUUCCCUAAGAAUACACAGUUUGUGUUAUGCCACUACGUGGUGUCCCGAGAUCCCAGUGUCUUUCCUGAGCCCGAGAGCUUCCAGCCUCACCGAUGGCUGAGGAAGAGAGAGGACGAUAACUCCGGGAUCCAACACCCAUUUGGCUCUGUGCCCUUUGGCUAUGGGGUUCGGUCCUGCCUGGGUCGCAGGAUUGCAGAACUGGAGAUGCAACUCCUGCUGUCAAGGCUGAUACAAAAGUAUGAGGUGGUCCUGUCUCCCGGGAUGGGAGAAGUGAAGUCUGUGUCCCGCAUCGUCCUGGUUCCCAGCAAGAAGGUGAGCCUACGCUUUCUGCAGAGACAGUAGUACCAAGCUGGGCUCCUGUCUCCAUGGGACUUGUCCAGAAGCCCUGGCACAGAAGUUCUUGGCCAGUCUCACGUCACAUGUCACGAUGCCAGAUUCAACAGGGGACCUCUCUGCCCUUCCCAUAGACACCAGACGUCUGGCACAAUCUCUACUGAGCAGCACCCAUUUAAGACAUUAGAGCACCUCAUAUCACAGGACGGUGCUUGGGUACAAUUUAAAAUAAAAUUUAAAAUUCAAA